CUUAUCAUGAGCAGUGCGGAGCCCAGAUCAACAACGAUGGACGUCAGCUGGAUGAGCAAAUUUGAUCGUCAAGCAGUAGUGACAUCAGCAACGGACAGCAGACACAUAAAGCGAACACUCCCCUCGGCUACCUUCAGUGGGGGCGGGAGCACGGCAGCGGCAAUGGUGCGUAACCACGCAUGGCUUCUCUUACAGAUUCUGCCGCUGAUCGUCAGCAGUGCGGAGCCCAGUUCAGCAACGGUGGACGUCACCUGGAUGAGCCAAUUGCAUCGUCAAGCAGUAGUGACAUCAGCAACAGACAGAUGGCACAUAAAGCCAACGCUGCACUCGGCAACCUUAAGUGGGGGCUGCAGCACGGCAAUGGCGAUGGUGCAUAACCACGCAUGGCUUGUCUUACUGGUGCUGUUGAUCUGCGCAUCUUGCCAUGAGAACGCAUACAACACGUGCAUCGUUGGAUCCGUUCCUGAUAUGGCCGUCUUCGACUGGGAAGUGCCUGUCAGCGACACCCUCGGCACCAGAUACUAUGGAAGCAUCACGGGAACUUCGUCCUGUCCUAUAAAGGCAGCGGAUUCAGCAGCCUGCGUCAGUGGGCACGGUGGCACCGCAGAAGCCAUGUCACCUGUAACUCGUCUUCUGUUCCUUGAACAGGUUGGUUUCUAUUCGUAUUAUGGUUACAAGAAUGAUAAUCGCUUCAUUGUAGUGCUGCCGUGCCCAAAAGUGCUUUAUUUGUCAUUCGCUUCUCUGUGUCUGUUGUUAUCUGGUGACAUUGAGACGAAUCCAGGUCCUAACACAACAACGCUCUUGAAAGAAUUGCUUGACGGGCAACAAGCGAUCAAAACGGAUUUAGCCGCCUUGAGCGAGAGAAUAAAAGAAGUUGAGAAGACAGUGCGGGCUGUCAGGGACCAAGCCAAAGUGAUAGCUGAGUUAACUAAGACAAACAAAACCCUGAACGCGUCUGUAAAAACGCUGCACGAUAGGCUGGUGUCUUUGGAAGACAGAAGCAGACGAAAUAACCUCAUGGUUUUUGGAAUUCCGGAGGGCGAAAAAGAAACAACAGAAGAACUAUCUACAAAAGUGCUUACCGAUUUAUUUGACAAACAGCUGAACGUAUCUCUGCACACAGUUGAACGAAUACAUAGGAUCGGGAAACGGCAGAGCAAACAGCCACGACCUGUUAUUUUAAAGCUGUACGAUUCCAGAGAAAAGUUAAAAGUUUACAAAAACUGUAAAAAACUAAAGGGAACUGGUAUAUCCAUUGCUGAUGACUACAGCAAGGAAACAGUUACCAAACGCAAGCUUCUUUGGAAUUCUGCGCAGGAUGAACGAAAACAAGGAAAGCGCGUGCGUCUUGACUAUGAUAAAAUGUUCAUUGAUGGUGAUAUGUACAGUUGGGACGACGAAAAAAACCGUCGAGUCAAGCUCAGGCGUAAUAAGAGUACUCUAUCAGCUGUAAGCGAGGACUGACCGAUACAGAGAGGGCAUCAUGAAUUUCGCCUAGUUAACUUUAACGAUAGAAGUAUCGUGAAUAAGACUGCAGGCUUAGAGUACAUUUUAGUGAAUUAUGAUCCGGACGUUGUUACGAUCACAGAGACAUGGUUGCGUUCAGAAAUUCAAGAUAAUGAGAUAAUACCUCCCGGAUACAAGAUAGUACGUAGGGAUCGACAGUCUCGAGGAGGCGGCGUUGCAAUAAUAGUGAAAGAAAAUAUUGACUUCAAAACACUAAAUGGUAUCCCAGAACACGAAAGUCUUUGGUGUGAAAUGAAUAUUGGAACGUCACGAGUCCUUCUGGGUACAAUUUACCGACCCCCAAACUCGCCUCUUUCAUUCUUAGAGUCGAUACAGAGUUACUUAGAAGCAAACAAAAAGCGCCACUGCCGACUACUCCUAACCGGGGACUUCAAUUUACCUGCAAUUAACUGGGAUACAUUCGCAACAGAAUUGCGGGAACAGGCACACUGCGAUUUGCUCCUUGACAUUGCAUUUACUUACGACCUUUCACAAAUUGUUCGUCAAAGUACGCGAAAUUCAGGGGAAUGUCCAUCUAUCCUGGAUCUGGUAUUUCUUGACGGGCGCUUUGACCAGUUUGAAGUGUCGGUUGAGGAGGGUAUCUCAGACCAUGAAGUUGUCUUCGUUCAGAUACCACAUAACGAGACAAAGUCAAAGUAUAAAGAGGCAGUUACAUUUGUGCCAAAUUUUUCAGAAGCUGAUGACACAAGUAUCAUUGACUACUUGUCAUUUGCACUGGACAAUUUUGAUUCUCAAAGUGAUAUCAACACCAUGUGGCUGUCGUUCAAGGAUAUUAUUUUCCAUUGUAUUAGCAAAUUUGUGCCGAUUCGUAAAAGAAAGAAAACUAAACGGAACCCUUGGAUCAACAGGGAAAUCAUCCAACUAAAACGUCGAAUAAGCCGCCAGAGACGGAAAGUAACCAAAGACCACGCAAAAAUAACUGAGUUGUCUGCACAACUGCGUUCUAUGAUUACUAAAGCCAAAAGUAAAUAUUACAAAGAAACAUUGACAGAUUUCAUGAGGUCGUCUCCCGAUAAAUUUUGGCGUCACAUGUCGAAAAAGGACAACGAGUCGCAUAGCAUUGUAAUUGAUAACACUGUAGUUACUGAUCCUGGAGUCAUUGCUUCUUCUUACAAUGAGUUCUUCCAGUCGGUGUUUUCUGCUCCAUCAGAAUCCAGUACUGAAUCCAUACUCUCCCCAUCGCUUCGCUCGGAAGAGAUGUCAGACGUUGAAGUCUCGUAUGAUGGAAUUGUAGUGCUUCUACUAAACAUUGACGUCAAAAAAUCGGUAGGCCCCGAUGACAUACCCAACGCAUUUCUGCGCAGGUAUGCGGAAUGGGUUGCGCAUUACUUAAAAAUUAUGUUUGACGUGUCACUUGCGGAAGGCCGAGUCCCUGAUGACUGGCUUACGGCAAAGGUUGUACCGGUGCACAAAUCUGGAGAUAGACAGAUAAUUGAAAAUUAUCGUCCAAUAUCGCUGACCUGCGUUUGCUGCAAGCUCUUAGAACAUGUUGUAGCCAAGUCAAUUUACACGUACAUCGAAAACGCGAACUCAUUUUUUCCCAACCAACACGGAU